UCGAGUGACAAACACCAAAUCCCUAUUAUAUUUGUUGUUUGUAAAGUUCAUUAUUCGUGGGUUGUGAACACGCUACAUUUAUAUAGCUCAUCAGUUUCAUGCAUACAUUUAAUGAUUUGAUCCUAUAGUAGUUCAAAUAAUAAGCAAAAUGUUCGGAUUUACAACCUGAACAUUUUUUUUGUAACAACAGUUGAAUUCAACAAUUUUGCCAAAGUGUGCAUUUUGUAAAUAUGAACUUGCAUCAAUUAAGGGUUAUAAUUUUCUCAUAAUUAAUUAAGAACAUUAAAGACCUCAAAAUCGCUGCCAUGAAUAGCCGAAGAAGAGCAAGUAAUUUCACUUAUGUGAGCCCCUGUGUUAAAUACAUGAUUUUCAUGUUAAACUUCAUAUUUUGGCUUUUUGGUGGUUUAUUAAUUGGAGUUGGCCUUUAUGCUUUUGUUGACAAAUGGCAUAUGACUGGAUCUGUGAGAGUUGAAAAUGUUUAUGAUAUUGUUCUAAACAUAUCUCUUGUCAUGAUCAUAGCAGGAGCUGUGGUUUUUGUCGUUAGUUUUGCUGGAUUUGUUGGUGCUCUGCGAGAAAAUACCUGUCUUUUGAAGUUUUAUUCUCUAUGUCUGCUGAUUUUCUUUCUUCUGGAAAUGGGAGUAGCAAUUGUGGGAUUUGUAUUUCCACAUUCAUUGCAAUCAAUAUUGGAGGAAUCAUUUACCGAUAAAAUCAUACAAACUUAUAGAGAUGAUCCAGAUUUACAAAAUUUCAUUGAUUUUGGACAGAAGAAAUUCAAAUGUUGCGGAUUAAGUCAAGGUGGUUAUAUGGAUUGGAGUAAAAAUGAAUACUUCAAUUGCUCUAGCUUACUUAGUACAGAACGUUGCGGAGUACCCUUUUCUUGCUGUAUCAAUGCGACUAAUAUUGCCAGUGGCCUUGUCAACAAUAUGUGUGGAUACAGCAUUCAAAAUACUCCUGUUUCAGAAGCAAGUAAAAAAGUAUGGACGAGUGGAUGCAUUGAAAUAGUUCGAGCUUGGGCCGAACGAAAUUUAUAUACAAUUGCCGGUAUUGCUUUAGGGAUUGCUUUGAGCCAAUUAUUUGUGAUUUACCUUGCCAAAACUUUAGAGGGUCAAAUUGAGUUACAAAAAUCUCGAUGGCAUUCUUGAGAAAGAUUAAAAUACUAGAUGAAAUAAUUCAUUGAUUUUGUAAUCUCCAAAAGAUUGUGUAGUCGUUGCAAACUUAUAUUUUUAAUAUUUACACAUUUUGUAUUUUUUUUUUAAAAAUUUUAUAUUUCAUAAAUACAAUUAUUUUAUAUGAGUGAAACUAUUCGAUAAUUGUUAUAAGUAUGUGACAUUUAGUUUAAAAUAAUUUGAGAUCAUUUCUUCUUGAAAUAUGAGGUAUUAUACUGUUAAUUAAAUUAAUAGAACGCAGUAGCUCACUUUUGACCUUGACUUCUUGUCAAGAAUAAUCUACAUUUUUAGCCUUGUCUGACUGGAUAAAUAAUGACUGUAAAAAAUUUUUCCAAAUAAAUUAAUUUUACAUUAAUCUUAAAUAAAAAAGUCUGAUGCAAAC